GGAGGAGUGUCAAUCCGGCACCGGUUUCCGGAGGACGACUCUGGACAGAAACAGCUGUCCAACAGGUUGGUUGGGAGGACUCCGCUGUGGCACGGUUGCUUCGGCCCCAGCUUUGACUUUCGGCGGGAACAGCGGUUUGUGCGAGUCCCUCGGAGGCACUGGGAGCGCUCAGGCUGCACCGCACUGUGGGAAGGGGCUCUGGAGACCCGAGAACUGCUCCGGCCUAGGGUGCAUUCUCCGCUGGGCAGAAGACCGUGGUCCGGGAGCAGCGGGAGACUGAUCCUACUGCAAUUGCGCGUAGGACAGAGGGGACGAUCGACCCAGCGAUCACAAGGGUGAGCCCGCAGGGUCGAGAGAGCUAGGAGCCGCGGCUGGAGGAAGCGGGGAAAACCGCGAAUUCACAGAUUGGACUUCCUGGAAUUCAGGGGUGAGUUGGUUUCGAUUCCCUGACUCUAUCGGAGGUGCUGUCUGUCUGCAAAGAUCUUUGCCGGCCUUCUGUCAAAGCAGGACGGAGCUCGAGGAACGGGAUUUGAGAAGAGGAAAAAGGUAUGGAUAAAUUGGGACAGAUCAUCAGCUUAGGCCAGCUCAUCUAUAAAAAGUGUGAAGACAUGAAACACUGCCGGAAACAGUGCCAGCGUCUAAGGGAGCGUGUGCAUGGCUUGCUACAGCAUCUCCAGAGGCUCCAGGACCAAGGAACAAACAAUCUGUCAAAAGACAUAACUAAAACCCUGGACCAUUUUGAGACUGUCCUGCAGGAGGCUAAGCAGCAGAUAGAAAAGUUCAGCAGUAAGCACAAUUUUUGGAAGUUUGUAACUGCGGGCAAUGACAAGAUACUCUUCCUUGAAGUAAAUGAGAGGCUGAGGGAUGUCUGGGAGGAGAUCAUGCUGGGGCUUCAGGUUGAUCAACAGAGCUCUGCUUCAAAAGCAUCCUGGCUGCAGGAAGAUCAACAGGACGCGAGAGAGGACGAAACAGAAAAUCUGCGAGCUCUCUUGAUGAAGGUGAGCAUUGAUGUGGAAGAAAUCAAGGAAACUCUGAAACAGUGCUCACCACAACCCACACAGAAGAUCCCACAGGAACAAAUCAAGGAGAUUGAGAAGGAACAUCUUACCAGCUCUCCAUGGACUUUACUGAAGAAAAAUGACCUCAGCACAUUUUACAGAGGAGAGUAUCACAGAUCUCCAGUUACCAUCAAAGUAUUCAACAGUCCCCAAGCCAGAAGUGUCAGUGUAGUGAGGCACAUUUUCAACAACGAGAUCACAACCAUGAAGAAAUUUGAUUCUCCCAACGUCUUGCGCAUAUUUGGGAUUUGCAUUGAUGAAACAGUGAAGCCCCCUGAAUUCUCCAUUGUCAUGGAGUACUGUGAACUUGGAACCCUGAGGGAACUGCUGGAUAAAGAAAAGGACCUCACUCUGAGUGUGCGCAUCCUCUUAGUCCUGGGAGCAGCCAAAGGCUUGUACAGGCUACACCAUUCAGAAACAUCCGAACAACUGCACAAAAACAUCAGCAGUUCCAGCUUCCUGGUAGCUGAAGGCUACAGCGUAAAGCUUGCAGGAUUUGAAUUAAGUAAGACGCAAACUUCCAUCAGUCAGAAGACAAAACACACUAAAGCAGAGAGAAACGAUUCAACGCCAUAUACCUCCCCUGAGAGACUGAAAAAUCCGCAUCAUAUAUAUAACAUAAAAGCUGAAAUAUAUAGCUUUGGAAUUGUGCUCUGGGAGAUUGUCACUGGAAAGAUCCCAUUCGAAGGUUGUGAUUGGAAGAAAAUCUACGAGCUGGUAGCUGAGGGCCAGAAGCAGGAGCCAGUGAGUGAAGACUGCCCUAAGCUAUUGCAGGAGAUCAUUGAUGAAUGCAGGGCCUAUGAGCCCAAACAAAGGCCCUAUGUGAAUGAAAUCUUAGAGAGACUGUCUGCAAUUAACUGAGGUGUGUAUGCAAACCUAAACGGAAGACUCCCUGGACAAGAAGCUGGAAGAGAAACAAACCGGACAUUUGUCUUUCAUAUCUGUUAGUAUCAAGUUUUGCUAGGUGCAAAACUUUUUCUUUUUUUUUUUUAAAUGUGGUCUCACCAUGCAGCCCCUGUUAGCUUGGAUCUUGCUAUAUAGAACAAACCAAGUUCAAACUGAAAGAAAUCUUCUAGUUUUGCCUUCUCAAUGUUGGGAUUAAGGGCAUGGGCCACCACACCUGGCAAAGUUCUUAUUUGUUACAAAUAGAAAGCAACUCCAUGGGGCUGGAGAGAUGGCUCAGCAGUUAGGAGUACCGGUUGUUCUCCCAGAGGACCCAGGUUCAAUCCCCAGCACCCACGUGGUAGUUCAUAAGUCCUGUUCCAGAGAAUCUGACACCGCA